UUGAUUGGAAGGCGGCAAAGGCUUUAAUCUCAGCUCUAAUUCAGAGGCUUUUGAAGUGAGUUUCACUGGCAGAACUCUGGCUGGCUGCGCUGCUGAUCACACUGCGCGCUCUGUACCAGGAGUGGGCGCAGGACCGGGCUGGAACACCAGGAUCUUACAGCAGUGGAACCCUCUGAUCCUGACUGGAUGGAACGUUCACUCCCUUAGCAGCUGUGCACAGAGUUACAUUGUUACAAGGAGCCCAGGAGCCGGGCAUUGAAGGCACAGCACCGAUAUAUUGUAUCUGGAUUCAGGUUCCAGCGAGAGGCAGCGUUAUAUCUGCUGGAUAUUGACUGAGCUGUGUGAUCCCCUGUAUCUGGUGGAUAUAGACUGUGAUCCCCCUGUAUCUCUUGGAUAUAGACUGACACCCCAGCUGUGUGAUCCCCUGGAUUUAGACUGACACCCCAGCUGUGUGAUCCCCUGGAUAUUGACUGACACCCCAGCUGUGUGAUCCCCUGGAUAUUGACUGACACCCCAGCUGUGUGAUUCCCCUGUAUCUGCUGGAUAUUGACUGACACCCCCGCUGUGAUUCCCCCCUUAUCUGUUGGAUACAGACUGACGCGCAGGCUGUGGGAUCUUCCUGUAUCUCUUGGAUAUAGACUGACACGUUGUAACAGCAGUCUAGGCGGCACCAUCUCCAGGCAGUGCUCUGCACCGAUGAGCCGGUGUCUGAAGGUCACUGUACAGCACCGAUACCAGGAUCGGCGAUAGGAUACUGGGGUAUUUGUAGGAUCCCACGUCGCUGGCAUCUCGGGGAUACUUUGUUACAGCUUGUCAACCAGCACCCCUGGGGGUCUCUCUCCCCUCGUUUCCCCCAAUGCCUGUUAGGGGGUCAUGAUCAGCUCGCCAUUGGCUUCUGGAAGUCGUGUGAGUCCAACAGCCCGGGAGAGCGGAGACACCGGAUCGUCCCCGGCUAACAGAGCCUGCUUCCUGCACCCCGUACCCCCCUCUGACCCCCUGCGCCAGGCCGCCAGGCUCCCUAUCAAGGUGCUCAAAAUGCUGACAGCCCGGAGCGGACACAUCUUACACCCGGAGUACCUCCAACCACUGCCCUCCACCCCAGUCAGCCCUAUAGAGCUGGAUGCCAAGAAGAGCCCCCUCGCCCUGUUGGCCCAGACCUGCUCUCAGAUCGGCAAGCCGGACCCAGCCCCCUCCAAACUGUCCUCAGUGACCGGCUCAUCCUCCGGGGGGGACAAAGACUCCAAGUCCGCCCCCCUCAAACUCAGCGACAUCGGGGCGGAGGACAAGUCCAGCUUCAAGCCUUACUCCAAGACUCCGGACAAGAAGGAGCAGUCUUCCGGGGACAAGUCCGGCUUCCGGGUGCCCAGUGCCGCCUGCCCUCCUUUCACUCCCAGGACCGGCAGCCCCGGCUCCCCGCGGACCCCCCCUCCUCCCGCGGACCCCAAGCCCAGCGCGGAGAGCGCGGACAAGAAGGACGCGGAGCAGUGCAGCGCCAAGGGCUCCUCAUCCCCGCACGGCCGGCUCAGCGUGGACCUGCCCCAGGCUCACUCCGAGGGCUCCUGCAAGAGCCUGUCCGCCGCACCGUCCCCCACCCCGGUGUCAUCCUCCGGCUCCUCCUCGGGCUCCGUGCUGGCCUCCGGCCUGGUGGCCCCCGUGUCCCCCUACAAGCCCGGCCACACCGUGUUCCCGCUGCCCCCUGCCGGCAUGUCCUACCCGGGCUCCCUGUCCUACGCCGGAUACCACCCCCAGUUCCUGGCUCACGGGGUGUCCCUGGACCAUUCCAAGGGCGGCCAGCUGGGGAGCCUGGGCUGCUCCAGCAAGUCCUCCUCCAGCCCGCUGACCGGGGCCUCCCCGCCCUCCGUGAUGACCGCCAGCCUGUGCCGGGACCCCUACUGCCUGAGCUACCACUGCGCCUCCCAGCUGGGGGCCAGCGCCUCCUGCGGCCACGACCUCAAAUCCGGAUACCCCCUGAUGUACCCCAGCCAUGCCCUGCACGGGGUCUCCCCGCCCUCCCUGCCCGGCCACCCCCUCUACCCCUACGGCUUCAUGCUGCCCAACGAUCCCCUGCCCCAUGUCUGCAACUGGGUGUCCGCCACCGGCCCCUGUGACAAGCGCUUCUCCUCCUCAGAGGAACUACUGGGCCACCUGCGGACACACACCGCCUUCCCAGGGGCCACGGACAAACUGCUGCCAGGGUACCCCAGCUCCUCCUCACUGGCAGCCGCUGCCAUGGCCUGCCACAUGCACAUGCCACCCACAGGACACUCAUCCAGCCCUCUCACCCUGCGCAGCCCACACCACCACCCCCUGGGACUCAGUACCAGCCGGUACCACCCCUACUCCAAAAGCCCUCUGCCCUCAGGAGGGGCCCCAGUGCCAAUGCCAGCAGCCACAGGACAUUACUAUUCACCCUAUGCCCUGUAUGGGCAAAGACUAACCACAGCAUCAGCUCUAGGAUACCAAUGACUACCAGUAGGGGGCUAUGGAAUGUGGAGAUAAAUGACUUCAAUCUUUUGAUUUUUAUUCUUGUUUUUUUUUUUUUUUUUUUUCUAAGGAAAAAAAAUGAGAUCAAUGUGUGUUCAUUUGAGGACUGGAUCCGUGGACACUCUUAUUUAUUUAUGUUAGCUCCAAGCAGGACGUCUAAAAUAAACUAAAAAUGAAAGUGCAUUUCUGGAUAGGUAAAGUGGAAAUCUCAUGUACAAUUCUAAAACAACAGGGACACCAUAACUUGAAUCCUCCUAGUGUUACUUAAAAACCAAUGACUGCUUAUUGUAUUGUACCUUAUUUAACGUCUCAUUUGGGAUCAAGCCCCCUCUCCCCCCCCAAAAAAAAUAUCAUUACAUUACAAUGCAUGUUUGUUACUAAAAAAAUAAAUAAAACAGCCGGCAGUUUGUCCUAAUUUAAAAUUGCAAUUAUUUUUAAGGUGUUAAAAAAAAAUAAAGAUAAAAAAAAAAAAAAAAAACAGAGAACAGGUUAUUUUUUGUAUGUAUUCUGGAAAAAAUGAUUUUAUUGCGAAAAAAAAAAGUCCCUAAUUUGCCUUAUUUUUGUUCGGGGAUAAAUGCUUUUUUUUUUUUUUUCUUUCUUAAUUUCUGUCACAUGAAAAUGUUUGCAAGUUCCAUCAGUGAUUUUUGCAUCCUGUAUCAAACUCACAGUGUACCUGCUAUAAAGAUUAAAAUACAUUAUAUUUGAUUUAA